AUGUUAAGAUUGCAUAACAAGGAUAACUCAACAUCCGGAUUGGAGAGGUUGUUCUGUAUAUUGCUGCUUUUGAAUGCUGUAUUUUUGGGUGAGGGGUGUACAGAUUACAAUCCUAUUCACGGGGAGAGAUACAUCGGUCCUGUGGUUUCUAUGGUUACCAUGGUGGGACUAAAGCAGUGUGUUAAGGAAUGUCUAGCCAGACCCGUUGACUGUGGAGGCGUGAACUACAGGAAAACGCACUUUCUCUGUGAAGUUGUGAGAGAAAUAAACCAAACUGUACCAGCCUCGGAGUACGUUAGGAUUCCACUUGAUGAUGUUGCUGAUGACAUACCAGUAUGUCAAUCAUGUUUAUCUGGACAGAAAUGUAUCAGAUUAUCCAGCAAUAAAAGGCACUGUGUCCAAGAAGAAUAUGAUCCGAUUGAUUGUACAGCAAUACAUCGACUGUCUUCAUCUCUACCUAGUGGCCUGUACAGAAUAAAAAUUCCAAUCCUGGGUCACGUGACUGUUGUAUGCGAGAUGGAGAUCGAUGGAGGGGGCUGGACAAUUUUUCAACGUCGCAUGGAUGGUUCUGAAGAUUUUUACCGGACAUGGGCGGAGUAUAAGGACGGAUUUGGAAAUCUGACGUCAGAGUUUUGGCUAGGCAACGACAAACUACAUUAUCUACUGAGUCAGGGAUCCUAUGAAUUAAGGAUGGACAUGAGUGACUUCAACAAUCAGACGCGCUAUGUUAAAUAUAGCAACAUUUCUAUUGGCAACGAGGCUUCCCAAUACGUCAUAUCUAUAUCUGGUUACUCCGGAAACGUCGGUGAUUGCUUCACAUCAGGAAUAAACAAUAUGAAGUUUUCGACAAAGGAUCAAGACAAUGAUGCAACUUCCGGAAGCUGCGCAGUUCGGUACCAGUCUGGAUGGUGGCAUAACAGUUGUCAUUGUUCCAACCCGAAUGGCCUCUACUUGGCGGGGGAAACGUCAAUAUUUGGCGACGGCAUCACGUACAGUCCUUGGCUUACUCAUUAUUACUCGCUGAAAACUAUUCAACUUAUGGUUAGAAGGGUGGUAUAAGAGGAAUCUGUGAAGAGGAAGAAAUUCAGCGUUAGGUGGAUAUCAUGAAAAACGUUCAGCCGAUCUCAUAAUCAUUUGUCUGGGUUGGUAACGGAUUGAACAUUGUAAAUUCGUCACUGGGUGACAUUCGUCGAUUUAGCAGUUGCAAUUCAAUGUCUGAAAUGAUCAACAUAGUUUCAUUCUGUAUUUGGAAUCAAAUUUUAUCACUUUCCUUAAAGAGCAAUGAUAAACAAGCACCUGCCUCCAAUGACAGUUCAGUAUGAAUAGUUACUUUGAAUUACAGUUUUUAUUUUAUUUUACCAUCUUUAAUUUUUACACGACCAUGUGUCUGGGACCGGUCUACCUGGUAACAUGGUCGCGGUGGUUUAGUGGUUCACUUCGUGACUGGGUGGUUGCGGGUUUGAAUCUUUCUAAACUUUCUCAUCCUAUUCUCUGGGAGGAAAUAUAUGUUUUGAUUUUAUUAUAUUUGUAUAUGAGGAAAUUAGUAUCUUCCGGUGUUGUGUCUACAAUGCUAUUUAUGAUUAAUUGUGUUCUGUGUAUAAUCCGUUUUUGACAAAUAAGGUGAUCAUAACAGUCUUAUCUAUAGUCAGCAUUUCGCAAAUCCUAUGGUCGUUAUAACGAACUAAUUCACCGAUGCAACUCCAUUGGGUCAGAUCCUGUACGACAUGUUUCAUACAGAUUGUUAGGCCGUUCUUGGCACACUGAUAUUGAAUACAUAUAACUCCGUUUACCUGAUCGAGAUGUAGGAUUAUACCAAUUGUAAGGCCGUUCUUGGCACACUGAUUUUUACUACGCAUAACUCCGUUUACCUGAUCAGGAUAGGCCUCACGGUGGGUGUGACCGGUAGACAGGGAAUACUUACUCCUCCUAGGUACCUGAUACCACCUUUCGGACGGUUGGUGGUCUCUUCCCAGGUACAUUGUAUCCGGGUUCUCUCUUCCACCAAUAAAACUGGGCCCCACCAGAUAACUGAACAAUUUUUGAGUGUGGCGGAAAACAUCAAUCAAUCAAUUAAAAUUCAGUUUCAAAAUAAAUUUCUGAAGUAGUGGUUGGUUGCUUUGUUGUAUGGUGUUUAACAUACUAAUCUAGAAUAUUUCACUCAUAUGGGGACUUUACCUUUGCCGGUGAGAAAGGAGAACAUUAAUUUCAGUCCGAUGG